AUGGCGUCACGGAAGAAGGUCCUCCUCAAGGUCAUCAUCCUUGGUGAUAGCGGUGUCGGCAAAACCAGCUUGAUGAAUCAAUAUGUCAACAAGAAGUUCAGUGGAAGCUAUAAGGCCACUAUCGGGGCCGAUUUCCUCACUAAAGAAGUCCUCGUGGAUGACCGCUUAGUCACUAUGCAGAUCUGGGACACUGCUGGCCAAGAGCGGUUUCAGUCAUUGGGCGUAGCAUUCUAUCGAGGGGCCGACUGUUGUGUUCUCGUUUAUGAUGUUAACAAUUCCAAGAGUUUCGAGGCUUUAGACAGCUGGCGAGACGAGUUUUUGAUCCAAGCUAGCCCGCGGGACCCAGAAAGCUUCCCAUUUGUUGUCAUCGGUAACAAGAUUGACGUGGAGGAGAACAAGCGCAUGAUUUCCUCGAAACGAGCGAUGACCUUCUGCCAUUCCAAAGGCAACAUCCCCUACUUUGAGACCAGUGCGAAGGAGGCACUGAAUGUUGAACAGGCAUUCGAAGUCAUCGCCCGAAGCGCGCUCGCCCAGGAGGAAGCCGAGGAGUUCAGUGGUGAAUUCAGUGACCCCAUCAACAUCCAUCUAGACAACGACCGCGAUGGCUGUGCUUGUUGA